CCCGCCCCGUAGCGUUCCCAGGGUCCGGGCUGCUGGAGGGCAGGGGCCGUGGAGCGCUGGCGACAUGGUGCGCGGCAGGAUCUCCCGGCUCUUGGUGCGCGACGUGCGCUUCCCCACAUCGCUUGAGGGCCACGGCUCGGACGCCAUGCACACGGACCCUGACUACUCGGCGGCCUACGUUGUCCUAGAGACCGAUGCGGAAGACGGGCUCCGGGGGUGCGGGCUCACCUUCACCCUGGGAAAGGGCACCGAAGUGGUCGUCUGUGCUGUGAAUGCCCUUGCGCACCACGUGCUUCACAAGGACCUCAGGGACAUUGUUGGCAACUUCCGAGGUUUCUACAGGCAGCUCACCAGCGACGGGCAGCUCCGAUGGAUUGGUCCAGAGAAAGGUGCGGUGCACCUGGCCACAGCGGCGAUUCUGAAUGCGGUGUGGGACCUGUGGGCGAAGCAGGAGGGAAAGCCUCUGUGGAAGCUACUUGUGGACAUGGACCCCAGGACACUGGUGUCCUGCAUCGACUUCCGGUACAUCACAGACGCCCUGACCGAGGAGGAUGCCCUGGAAAUACUGCAAAAAGGUCAAAUUGAUAAAAAAGAAAGAGAAGAGCAAAUGCUGACACAUGGUUACCCCGCCUACACCACGUCGUGCGCCUGGCUCGGGUACCCGGAUGACUUGCUGAAGCAGCUCUGCGCGGCGGCCCUGAAGGACGGCUGGACUAGGUUCAAAGUGAAAGUUGGCGCUGACCUCCAGGAUGACGUGCGCAGAUGCCGCCUCAUCAGAGACAUGAUCGGACCCGAGAAGACUUUGAUGUUGGAUGCCAACCAGCGCUGGGAUGUGCCCGAGGCGGUGGAGUGGAUGUCAAAGCUGGCCGAGUUCAAGCCGCUGUGGAUUGAGGAGCCCACGUCCCCUGAUGACAUCCUGGGGCACGCUGCCAUUUCCAAGGCCCUGGCCCCCUUAGGAAUUGGCGUGGCCACAGGAGAACAGUGUCACAACAGAGUGAUAUUCAAGCAACUCCUCCAGGCGAACGCCCUGCAGUUUCUCCAGAUUGACAGCUGCAGACUGGGAAGCGUCAAUGAGAACCUCUCAGUGUUACUGAUGGCUAAAAAAUUUGGAAUUCCUGUGUGCCCCCACGCCGGCGGAGUUGGCCUCUGUGAGCUGGUGCAGCACUUGAUUAUAUUUGACUACAUAUCAGUCUCUGCGAGCCUGCAGAACAGACGAACGGCCCCCGAGGCGGAGGUCGAGGGCUUCUCAUGGAGACGCGUGGAAUCACCGUGCUCCCCUUACCUGACUUCGGGUGCAGCCGCUUCACUCCGUUCCUUCCCCCCAGGAUGUGUGAAUACGUGGACCACCUCCACGAGCACUUCAGGUAUCCUGUGCACAUCAAGCAGGCUUCCUACAUGCCUCCGGAGGAUGCAGGCUACUCGGCAGAAAUGAAGGAGGGUUCUGUAAAGAAAUACCAGUAUCCGGAUGGCGAAGUCUGGAAGAAACUCCUUGCUGCUCAAGAGAACUAAGCAUUCGGCCCCACUACCUCUUCUCAACUAGUACUACCUACUACCUUUUCUUCUUUAACAUUUCUUGACUAGUUUUAUAAAAAUACAAGAAAAGAAAUCUUGUCCUACCAAUCAAGUUCCGCAGAAAGUCCUAUUAACCUCAGGAAUCAGCUUCAUCAUUGAUUCUUUUAACAAAUCAAUACAUAAUCUAUUUAACCCCUCAACAAACUUAAGACUCAACUAGUCCAGAGCCCAGGAAGAUGUUCUGACAUGAUUUCUACCAAGGGCUGGGACCUGGUCAUUAGAUUACGUGGAAAAUCAGCAGCAUGUUGUACAAUUUGUUAGAGCAACUCCUUGUGCUGUUUAAUACUUCUCAUAAAUUAGAAUAAAAAUAGUUCUGGAACACCA